UUUGACUUGGCAUGCUGGCUGAUGACAUCACAGGUUGUGGAUGCUGCAGAAGGGGAGAGCGAACAUGGCUGCUUCAAGUGAGGUACACUGAGUCCUGAACAGCGGACGACUGCGAAAGGCUUUCGGGAGCCCCGCUGGGGCUGCCAGCGGCCGGAGGGCUUGGGCUUUUCCGCAAGCCCCUCGGGCAGGAAGGAUCCGACCCUGGUGAAGCGGAUGAGACAGUGGCAGGGAGGGGGACAAGGGACUAGAGAUUGGACCCUUCCCCCUCCAGCACUGGGACGAGGCACCUAGGACUUAUUCUCCUGAAAGUUCCAGCCCUGAUGGAGGUAGAUUUAUUCACAACUCUCUGACAAAAGAAAUUUACGAAGAUGAAAAAGUUUACACUCUUUGAUUUCACAAAUGACAACUCCCUACGUGAAGGAGAGACUUCAUGGAUACAGGACCUUCCCAGUGAUGACAGAGAAGUUGCAAGUCUACUAAAAGCAAAUGAAAAUGUGUUAGUAAGUUGGCCAGCAGAAGAGAAAAAGACAGAGAAACAGUUAGCAAAAGUAAUUUGCAUGAGUGAUGAUCCUCAAGAGUUGGUUCAGAUUAUUCAGAAGAUCUUAGAAGGAAAUGAAAAGACAGAAAUACAAGGGCUUCAAAAAGGAAAAAGAAAACAAAUUGAAACACUAAGCUCAAAGAAUGAAGAGAGGGAAAUUGAUCAAGAACAGAGAGAACUUUCUUCUGGAACUGCCUUUCUGCCCACUGAAAGCAGCAGUGAUGAUGAAGAGUCUUAUCCAAAAGUGGAAUUGUGUGCCAAAAUAAAAAAUCUGAAACAGAAACUCUCUGACACCAUGAUAGAAAACUGCCGCCUUUGGCAGUCACUAGUCACACUUCAAGUGUUACCUCAAGCAGUUACCCACUUUGAAGAGCUGGUGAGCAUGGCAGAAGCACUGCUUAAAAGGGGAAGAACCUCUUCUGCAUCCAGUCUUCAUUCCCAAGGCUGGAAGUCUACAGGAAAUUCUGUACCAGAUUCUUAUUCUACAGUGGGUAAUAAUUCCAGUUCAUCUCCCUCCUCGAAGGUGGAGGAAGAAGAGCAUACCAUUGACAAAGAGUUCAAGAUUGAAAAAUGGCAGAUUGCCCUUUGCAACAAGAGCAAGCCUCAGAAAUUUAUAAAUGAUAUAAUGCAAGUACUUUAUACCAAUGAAUAUAUGGCAACACAUAGCUUAACAGGGGCAAAAUCCUCUUCUUCAAAGGAGAAAGCAGCAAAGCCAGCUAUGAAUCAAAAUGAAGUCCAGGAAAUCAUAGGGGUCACAAAAUAGUUAUUUCCUAACACAGAUGAUGCUUUAAUUAGGAGAAUGAUGGGUCAAAAGUUAAAUAACUGUACUAAGAGGCCAAUUUUAAGCCAAGAUCUUAAUCCCCAUGUUUUUAGGAAGCAUACCUUUUGGUAAGUAUUCUAAAUCUAUGGCAUUAUCCUGUCCUACCUAGCCAUAUCUGGGAAUAGAACCAGAUAGGCAAGGAAUCUGAAUACUCUUCUGGACAGAAUUUUCUUUGGGGUACAUAGAGGAAUGGAAAAGGAAGGGAGUCAGGGAGAAGGAGCCUCAAGACAAUACCCGAGGAACAGAGGCAAAAGGAGAAUGAGUCAGAACAGCCAAAAAUCAGCUAAGGAUUCUGGAAUAGUAAUGGAGACUAACUUCUUCAAUGGGAGGGGCAGUUCAACCACAAAGCAGCAAACAAACCUCAGAGAAGACCUUAGAUUAAAUCAG